AUGCGGAUGGGCGGCGAUAGAGAGGCGCAGCCGCCCUAUAUAACGAUGGGCGCCACCAGGGGGCGAGACGGGAUCUUCCGGGGUCGGCGGCGGCUAGAGUCCGGAGGCGGAGCUGGGUGCGGUACCCACAGGAGUAGCUGCCCGCAGGUGGUGAGAGGAGACGUGACCGGGAGCUCCGUCAUGGCCCACUACCGCAUCCGACAGUUCCGGGAGGGCGACGGAGAGGCCGUGAGGGACCUUUUCUCCAGUGGAAUAAUGGAGCAUGCUCCUGCUGCCUUCUGGCACGUGGCCACCCUGCCCCGGACCGGGCUGUUCCUCCUGGCGGUGUCCCUGGCGCUGUUCGUGGCUACGGGCUCCCCCCUCCUGGCCUUCUCGGCUCCGGCCGUCCUGCUGGCCGCCCUCCGGGUGUUCCUGAAAAAACCCUGGGGGGACUACGUGGAGAACGCCCUUCGCACCGACCUGAAGGACAUCCGCGGGUCCUACCUGGAAGCGGACGGUUGCGGCUUCUGGGUGGCGGAGUCGGCCGGACGCGUGGUGGGCCUGGUGGCCGCCCGGCCUGUGCCGGACCCGUCCGGGGGGAAGCAGAUAGAGCUCCUCCGCAUGUCCCUGGGCAAAGAUCACCGGGGUCGGGGCAUCGCCCAGGCCCUGGUCCGCACCGUGUUACAGUUUGCCCGGGAUCAGGGCUGCGACACGGUCCUCCUCUCUACCACUUGCGUGCAGUACGCGGCCCAUAGGCUCUACCAGGCCAUGGGCUUCCGAAAGAUGUCCGAGGAGAUCCCGUUGCUCUCCUGGAGGGUGAUCGGCCUCUGCGUCUUUAAUUACAGCUGCCCCCUCCCCCCGUCUCCCUGACUCCCAGUCGGAUAAGACCCCUCCUCAGCAGACGCAGGAAGCGUCGGUGAUAACGAGCCAAGAAUAUGUCUGUUUAGUUUUCUGUUGUCCUCUCCCGUGCAUUUAGUCCAGUGCUCAGCAUACCGUUCAGCGUUCAAUAAAUAUGAUUGAAUGGAU